AUGUCAACCAACAAUACCCAAAAGAAGCCUAUUAGCUUUAUAACACUUAAUGUCCGUCAUGACCAUCACCAAAACUCUACGUUGACUCCAUUUGCUGCUCCUCCUACCAAGGAAAACCCUUUUGACACAAAGGAAUUUUAUGGAGAGCAACCAUGGUCCAUUCGAAAAUGGAAAGUGAUGGAUACCAUUUUGCUUUAUUCUCCCGAUAUUGAAACUGUAUAUCAUCAAAUUUUGGACUUGGAAGCUCUUUUAGGUGAAGAGUACAAGUGGGUGGGCGUUGGCAGAGAGGAUGGUGAUAAGGAAGGUGAGAUUUCUGCUAUUUUUUACAAGAGUGACGUCUUGGACAUUGAAUCCUGGAAGACUGUUUGGUUAUCUGAGACUCCAGAGAAUGUUGGAAGUAUUGGUUGGGAUGCUAGACACAGUCGCACUGCAACACAGAUAUUGUUUAAACGCGAAGACGACGGAUCCAAAUUUACUGUAUUCAAUACGCAUAUGGAUCAUGUAGGAUCUAUCUCUAGAGAGGAAUCAGCCAAGUUACUGCUCAAGAGAGCAAGAGAAGCAAGCUCGGAAGGUCCUGUAUUCUUACUUGGUGAUUUGAAUGCGACUGAAAAGGAUCCUGCUUAUUUGGUGCUAACCAAUUCAAAAUAUAAAGACACUAAGGGUCAAAACGAUACCCUUGCCAACUUGGAAGAGUUGAAUAAUGUCUGUGCUUCAGCAUCUGUCAAUAAGACAGGAGUGCCAGUCAGGACGGCAGAAGGUAAUAUUACCCUUCCUACGCAUCGCGUCAUUAGACCUGGCAGAAUUCUCGAAAACUUGAAAAAAAAGGAAAACUCGGAGCAAACCGAUAUGCAUUUUGUAGACGCUCGCUAUGAAUUAGUGACUCGACUCACAUCCAAGGGCGCUCCUGGUACUUUGAGUGGGCCAUUUGGUUAUAGAGAUACUCUUACUAGUUUUGGCACAGGAGAUUCAGAAACAGAGAGAGCCCCUAUUUGCAUUGAUUACAUUUUGGUUCUGGACGUUCCCAAGUUUAACAUUCAUGUUCAACACUAUGCCGUUUUGAAUAACAAGUUUGAUGAUGGACUUUACUUCUCUGAUCAUCGCCCUGUGUUAUCUAGAAUUUCUUGGCAUUAA